CCACUGGUCGGUUGUUCGUCAGGGCAUUCAGUCCACACCAGCCCAACCUUCUGGAAGGAAUCACCUCUCUCUCAACCCACAAGUUCCCAGAUACACAGAGGAACACUGGGAGCCCCAGCUGAGCUCUAAUAGAUGAUCACUAUGAUGAAGUUCUGGAUCUUGUUUCUGCUGCUGAUUCCAGCUCUGACCAUCUCCAGGCUCAAGACUAGUCCCAGAAGCUUAAAAGUUUUUCCAGAUGGUCACACAGUCGCAGGUGUGUUUCAAGUGAGCUACAAGACCACCCAGAACCAGGUGAAGUAUGCCUACAACGUGUCGGAGGCCAGAGAGCUGUGCCAGGCGCUGGGGGUGACCAUCGCCUCCAAGGCCCAGGUGGAGGAGGCCCUCAACAGGGGUCUGGAGACAUGCAGGUUCGGCUGGAUCGAUGAGCAUUUUGCUGUAAUCCCCCGUGUCACAGCCAGCAAAAUUUGUGGAAAUAACCAGACAGGGGUUGUGACGUGGAGAGCUCCUGUCCAAAAACAAUUUGAUGUGUUCUGCUUUAACCAAACAGAGUCACAAUUGGAGGAUGCGCCCACUGAUAGCCCUGCGACCAUGAGCGAGCCGAGGGAGCGAGGGCCUCGUCCUACUCUCUCAGAGGGUGGACCCUCCAUCUCCGUCAUCAAUCACCUCGUCCUGUCCCGGCAUCCAUCCUCCCAGUCCACUCCCCAGUCUCGCCCCUCCACCUCCCCCCCUCUCUCUCCAGACAACCCGGCGGAGGAAGACAAUGAACUGCCUCUGUCUGUGAGCGCUGCUGGCUCUGCUGUUGGAGCCAUACCAAAAGCACUGAUGAUCAGCUCGACUUUUCUGCUUUUCCUGACUGCGGCUGCCGUCCUCUGGUACUUCAAAAUAAAGAGGAGCUGGUUCCUGUGCUGGGGAGCUGAGCAGGAGAAGGAGAGCGUGGAGGCGGAGGAGUGGACCCCCACCUGGAAGAAGGACCAGCCGGAGGGCCAGAGGGAGCCUGAGGAGGACGGCUGCAGAAACACAGCCGGCAAAGUCAGCGUCAACAACAACAUUGACUCCAAGACGGCCACAGACACAGUUCCUUGAUACGUUCAGGAGAAUGGCUUCUCAGGCACCAGAUGUUUAACUUUUUACAUUUAUGUAUGUUUUGUAACAACGGUAUUGACCACAGUAUGUGCUGUUGAAAUGCAUUUAUUAUGCAUGAAAGGUUUUUGUUCGAGACACUACCUGACACGUGUGGGCUACAGACAGAUUUGAAUUUGAAAUUGAAAUGGCUUUUAGCCACUAGAUGGUGAUGUUACAGUUGUAAGGCAAUCCAGAACGGUGCAAUUGCAGCAGUCUGUUGAGGACGGAUUGUGUUUCAGUAGUUUAGGAAUAAUAUAUGCAGUAGGCCUGAAUAUUCUGCUAUGCAGACUGGUAACUUGCUUUCUCAUUUAAACUCAUUCAAUUGGCUCACACUGUCAAAAAAGAUCACGGUCAUCCUUGUGACAUGUAUUAAGGUAAUUUUUUUUAUAAAUUUGUACCGAGGUUGGGUUCCCCAUAA